AUGGGUAUGAAAAAACUAACUCAUAUAAUAGAUACAGCUGUGCAUGGUGGGUUAUGGAAACCAAUACAGGUGGGAAAAGAAGGGCCAAAAGUCUCACAUCUUAUGUUUGCUAAUGACCUUAUGUUAUUUGUUGAAGCUUCACAAGAUCAACUGCAAGUAGUGUUAAAAUGUCUCCAAAUUUUUGCAGAGAUUUCUGGCCAGAAAAUCAGCAUUCAAAAGAUCUCUAUUUUCUUUUCGAAGAAUACUCCAGAGGAUGUAGCUUCUUCUAUAUCUGAGGCUAGUGGCUUCAAACGUGUGAGAAAUGUGGGUCGUUAUUUGGGCGCUUGGAUGCAACAUGGACGUGUAACAAAAAAUUCUUACUCUGAUGUAGUGGAAAGAGUAAAGCAGAGGCUUAAGGGCUGGUCGGGCUUAGAAAUGACUUGGAGCGAUGGGAAAAGGCAAAUUAUAGUUGAAAGUGACUCAAGUAAUGCUAUUGCGGUGCUCACCAAUUCUGGUGAUGCAGCUCGCGAGUCCCAUUUAGUGACUCGAAUACGAGCAUGGCUGGCUAUGGACUGGAGGGUUCUUUUCCAGCAUAUCUACAAGGAAGUUAAUCAGUGUGCAGACUGGUUGGCUAAUUUGGCUUUGGAAAAUCAGAUUCAGGAUCCAUUUAUUCGUCUCUUUGAUCCUCCUCCUCCUGAUCUAAAUUUUCACAUUUUAGCUAAUGCUUCUGGCAUAGGGAACUUUCGUAGGAUUGGUCUUUGA